AUGGACGCGCUGCGAGCGCGCGUCCGCGCGCUGGCGAAGCGCGAAGAAGCGCUGGAAACGCUGCGCAUCGUCGUGCUGGACGCGAGCGUGCCGAAACAAGUGCUGCCGCUGGAGUUCGACGGCGCGAACGUCGAGAGGACGCUCAACGCGGGGACGGCGCUCGGGCGAGACGCGCGCGUGGGCGAUCGAUUCGGGAUGCUCGGGCAAGCGCCGAGCAACGGACAGAUACUGCCGAACGGAGUGGAGGUGACGGUGACGCGAGCGAUGGUUCGGCCGAACGGGGGGGAGAGUUUGAUCGAACUCACGGCGUCGCGGCGGUUUAAAAUCGUGGGGGCUCCGUUCGAGGACGAGGCGAACGGAUCGGCGCCGAGCGCGAGGGUGUGCUGGAUUCCCGAUACCGAAGGCGCGGGCGAGCAAACCGUCGCGGGCGGCGUGGAGGAGCCGGGCGCGGUGGAUCCCGCCGAGUGCGACGCCGAGUGCGCGGCGCUCGCCGCGGAGCUUCCCGCGCUCGUCGACGAAUGGCGGGCGCUGGUGAUUUCGAGAAAGCGCGAGCGUCAGCCCGAUCAGUUGAAGUUGAUCUUAUCGCAAAUCGGCGACAUCCCUGGGUCGAACCGACCGGCCGAGCUCUCGCUUUGGGUCGCCGCGCUCAUCAACCCGAUUCCCGCCCUCGGCGUGGCGUACGAGAUUCGUCCGGCGAUCCUGUGCGCGCCGACGACGGGUCACAUGGUUCGCAUCGCGUCCCAAGGCAUCAAACUUUCCAUCAACAGUCUGCGCGACGGGCCUCAAAUUUGA